UGUUGCAACGCCUUUCAGUCAUUCCUUGGAUCAGUGACAGAUCAUAACCAUCACAUCGCAGCCAUGGUCUCAACCGUUCACCACAACGGGCCCAACGAUAGCAUCAUGGACAUCUUGCAAGGAAGGGAGCGCAUCGUUUCUUACCCUGGCACGAGUCAGUUCAAUGGUCGCGGUAUAUCUGCAUGUGGCCUUGCAGCCAUGAAUUUUGCGAGAGUGCUUUCUGAACUCGUUCACAUCCAUAGUAAGGACACGCUGAUAGAUCUGCUUCGAGCCAUCACCAGCAAGGAGGUCAUUGAAGACAUUAUCUCCAUAUGCUCAGGAUGGUCAAGUGACCUGCACUUGGAUGUAGAAGAAAUACAGCAGGUUCCCCUAUUCGAGAAGUCUUUGAAACUUGUAGCAACCCGGUAUGGUCCUCCAAAGGCGAAGAAGUUCAUGCGUACCCUUGAAUAUAUGCAAAGCUUGGAUUCCUCUUCAACUGUCAUUAUCACACGCCCCCCUGAGAUCAUCGCAUGCACGAUCAUCAAAGGACCGGAUACGGAUGUCUUUGUGAUUUUCGAUUCUCACCCGCGGCCCAGCUAUCCUGCCGGUGCUGGCCUUAUCCUCAGUACAUCCAUUAAUCAAGCUGCCUCCCGCUUGGCCAGCAUAUUACCUGCUGCCGACAACCAGCUUCUUUCUUUGAGUGGUUUGCAAUGGCAGGCGCAGCUACUUAAUAACUUCUCAGGCCACAUAUUCAUGUCGACCGGACCACCUUCAGACGUGCGAGGCAUGCAGAAGACUGUCGUCGAAUCUAGCCUGACUGUUUUGAGACUGCGAGCCGAAGUGGCUGGGCUGACGCAGAAAAAUGAGAGGCUGACUAAAGAAAACGAGACGUUUGAAGGGGAUAUUCAACGCUUGGAGGAUGCUUUGAGUACUGAGAGGAGGAAAGUAGCGUCACUCCAGACAUCCUCCAAGAGUGUGCAGAGCAACAGCGGGCGACCCCUCCCUGCGCAGCUCACAAACGGAACAGCCGGAUUAUUGCGGGGGCGGGGCCUCCCUGCGCGGCUCACAAACGGAAUAGGCGGAUCAUCGUGGGAGGCGAUUCAACGCUUAGAAGAUGCUUUGAGUGCCGAUAGGAGGAAAGUGGUGCCACUCCAGGCAUCCUCCAAGAUCGUGCAGAGCAGCAGUGGAUGGCCCCUCCCUGCGCGGCUCACAAAUGGAACAGCCGGACCAUCGUGGAAUUCUCCCCUCAACUUCUCAUCUUCGUCCUCUUCCUCCGGCAAAACUCUGAAUAACGAUCGCGAUCGCGCAGCAGACUCAUGGUCAUCGACCUUUGAUGCAGUCAAGGAUGACCUAGGACAUGAAUGGGGUCUCGACAGCCUGAGUGCAGCUGCGGCCCUCGAGUUGCAGCAAUCUUUUGACGUUGAAGAUGUGCAACUUCGAGACCAGAUGCAAGCUCUGGCUGCCGCACUCCCACAUAACUUUUCGUGCGCAAUAUGCAUGGAAGAGCAACCUGUGGACAACAGUGUUGACCUUGAAUGUAAUCAUUCGAUAUGCAGAACUUGUAUCAGAGGACACGUUUGCUCCAAGAUCGAGGAACAUCGCUUUCCAAUCCUAUGCCCCGUUUGCAUGACAGAAACGAAUAACCGUCAACCUGGAGCGAUCUCGGGACUCCUCGUGCAGCAAAUUGGUGUCGACGAGAAGCAAUAUGCGAUUUGGGAAGAAAUGGAACUAAGCCAGUUUUCAGUUCUCCUUCACUGCCGCAAAUGUCAGCGUACGGUGUCUGUAGACAAAGAAGAGCACGGCGAAGCUCGCAUGCUGGUUUGUCCCCUACCCGAAUGCGACCAUAUUUGGUGCAAAGCGUGCCAGCAAUCUUUUACCCUUGGUGGUCCUACCCAUUCUUGUGACGGAACCUCGGAAUUGGACCAUUUGAUGAAGAAGAGCGGGUGGAAAUAUUGUCCAAACUGCAAAAUACCUGUCCAGAGGGACGGGGGAUGCAGCCAUAUGACUUGCAUCUCGCCGGGCUGCAACACUCACUUUUGCUAUGUUUGUGGGCAAAAUAUCGUUCGCAGUGCCUUGCGAACGGACAUUCAGAACGCGGUCGCUGCUCACUAUCGCGUUUGCAAAUUGUUUGAUGAUCCCGGGGAGUGAGACGCCCGACGGCGGUGGACAAGAGUGUUGUAAGUAGCAUAGGCUUACAAGUAGGACUAUAUAAGUCUUUGUAGUAGAUCAUCAUGAUUGGAAACGCAACUUGAGAAACAAUUUUGGAUCGGAAUAAAUAUCACGAGCUGGGGGGUGUUUGAACGGUCGCUAGUAUUGUUAUAUACCGAGCUCACACUCAGGCUAUAGUGAGCAAUAGUAAUCAG